GGCCCGACGCGCGAGGACGGACGGCCGGCCGCGAGCUCCCGCCUGUGGGCUCCCCGCCCCCCACCCGCCCUGACCCACUGGUCCCCCGAAACGGCGGCGGCGGCGGCCGUUUGUGGUCGUUGGUCCCCAGGCUUUAGGACCAACCUCGGAAGACCCGAAAGGGGAACUGCAACCAUGAACGAAGAAAAUACCGAUGGAACAAACGGAUGUAGUAAAGUUCGAACUGGUACUCAGAACGAAGCAGCGCUGCUGGAGCUGAUGGAAAAGACUGGGUACAACAUGGUCCAAGAAAACGGGCAGAGGAAAUUCGGUGGGCCUCCUCCAGGUUGGGAAGGUCCACCUCCACCUAGAGGCUGUGAAGUUUUUGUAGGAAAAAUACCUCGUGACAUGUAUGAAGAUGAAUUGGUUCCUGUAUUUGAGAGAGCUGGGAAGAUAUAUGAAUUUAGACUUAUGAUGGAAUUUAGUGGUGAAAAUCGAGGUUAUGCUUUUGUGAUGUACACUACAAAAGAAGAAGCCCAGUUAGCCAUUAGAAUUCUUAAUAAUUAUGAAAUCCGACCGGGGAAGUUUAUUGGUGUGUGUGUAAGUUUGGAUAAUUGCAGAUUAUUUAUUGGAGCUAUUCCCAAGGAAAAGAAAAAAGAAGAAAUUUUGGAUGAAAUGAAGAAAGUUACAGAAGGAGUUGUAGAUGUCAUUGUCUAUCCAAGUGCAACUGAUAAGACCAAAAAUCGUGGUUUUGCAUUUGUUGAAUAUGAGUCUCACAGAGCGGCUGCUAUGGCUCGAAGAAAACUGAUUCCAGGAACAUUCCAGCUGUGGGGCCACACCGUUCAGGUGGACUGGGCUGACCCAGAGAAAGAGGUUGAUGAGGAGACCAUGCAGAGAGUCAAAGUUCUUUAUGUAAGAAAUUUAAUGAUCUCAACUACAGAAGAAACAAUUAAAGCGGAAUUCAAUAAAUUCAAGCCUGGUGCCGUUGAGCGAGUUAAGAAGCUCAGAGAUUAUGCGUUUGUUCAUUUUUUCAAUCGAGAAGAUGCUGUGGCCGCCAUGUCCGUUAUGAAUGGGAAAUGCAUCGAUGGGGCAAGUAUCGAGGUGACCCUGGCAAAACCAGUGAAUAAGGAGAACACUUGGAGACAACAUCUGAAUGGUCAGAUUAGCCCCAAUUCCGAAAACCUGAUUGUGUUUGCCAACAAAGAAGAGAGCCACCCCAAAACUCUAGGCAAGCCGCCAGCUCUUCCUGCCCGUCUCAACGGGCAGCACAGCCCGAGCCCCCCAGAAAUGGAAAGGUGCACUUACCCUUUUUUUCCCGGAACAAAGCUGACCCCAAUUAGUAUGUAUUCUUUAAAAUCCAAUCAUUUCAAUUCUGCAGUAAUGCAUUUGGAUUAUUACUGCAACAAAAAUAAUUGGGCACCUCCAGAAUAUUAUUUAUAUUCAACAACAAGUCAAGAUGGGAAAGUACUCUUGGUUUAUAAAAUAGUUAUUCCUACUAUUGCAAAUGGAUCCCAGAGUUACUUCAUGCCGGACAAACUGUGCACUACGUUAGAAGAUGCCAAGGAACUGGCAGCCCAGUUUACACUCCUUCAUUUGGACAGGGAACAGAGUCUCUUCAGCCUGGACCUGUGUAGAAGGAUUUGGAGAAAAUAAACAGGUCCUUUCUGAUGUUGCUUGAGCUUAUUCUGCCGUUGGUCUCAUUCCUGUUGGCUAAAUGUUAGGUCCAUGACAACAUUAAGUUACUGCUCAGGUGUUUUAGGCCUCACUUACAGAAGAAAGAAAAUCAAACCAAACUUCAACUGUAGAUUAGAUGACCUAAUUUCUUUUCUUCUAUCCCCAGAAGCGCUAAAACUUAAUCAUUUAAUACUCAUUAUUAUAUUCUUCGCUUAUUCUACAUCAGAGAAACAUAGUUGAGUUUUUGGAAAGUGUAGGAUUUUCAGAUUUGGUCUUUACACACUGACAUGUAUCUCAAAUUCCAAUUAAUGAAGCAGAAAAUUAUUGCUGCAUUAGAUGAAUGUUUGUUGUGAAAUAGUAAUAUCUGAAAUACAAUUUUUAAAGUAAUUUGGUAUAAUUGUUGGAUAUUUCUCUAUGCUAUAAGUUGAUAAUGGUUUCUUGAAGUUCAUUUUAUGGAGAUGAUACAUUUUACUGUUUUGUGAUAUCAAUAGGAAUCUAAUGUUAACUUGAUAUUUUGAGCUACAUCUUUGCUUAUGUUAGUAUUUAAAUAAUGAAAUAUUAGGCAGUUAGUUUACACCAAAUGUUUUCUGCAGUCCAGGGGCAAAUGUUUUUGCUGGUUUAAUGUCUAACAUUUUCAAAACAGAAAGAAGCAAAUAUGAAUUCGCUGAUUUUUGCCACUUCUUCAUGGACUACCCCUUAGUGUCAGUACCAAAUUUAAAGAAAGCAGCUUCUUUGAGGAGCAGGAGUGAUCAGCGGUUCUUUUUCUGUAAUCAAAAUAAUAGAUCAGAAUUCACUAGUGAGAUCGCUAAGCAGUACACACGGGAAGGAAGCAUAACACUGACUAAACUCUCAGAA